CAUUUUUCACGAUUUAAACAGAGAUUAAACCCUUAAAAUAACGAACUAGGGAAGGCCGUUGAUUCAGUUGAUGGCCGCCUCGGACGGGAAACCGGAAUGGCUCUCUCUCUCCAUUGCGCUAGCCUUUGCUACCAUCUCUGCAUCGGCAGCCGUCUCCGUUUAUUUCUGGAGAGGAAAACCCAGGAGUGAGAACGAGAAGGUUAAAGAGCUUGAGAUAUCUCUCAAGUCAUCCUUAGAGAACUGCGCCGCCGAGAGGCAAGGCCGAAUUAGGGCUCAACAGGCUUUGAGGAAAGCACUAGCCCAACCUAAGUUAGAGAAUUUGGAGGCGACUUCUUAUCCAAUGGUACCUAUUGCCAUCAUCCGGUCAUGCUUCUCAACCAGGAAUGGGACACCUAGGCAACCUUUACUUGUACCACUUGCUAGAGCGCAGCUGCUGUUUGAUCCAGCUCGAGUUCCUCCAGCGUCCCUUGAGGGUUUGGAAGAAUAUUCUCAUUGCUGGAUUAUAUAUGUGUUUCAUUUGAAUACGAAUCUUGAAAAGCUUUGGAAGCAUCCAUCUAAUUCAAAGUUUAAGGCAAAGGUUAGAGUACCAAAGUUGAAGGGUGAAAAGAUGGGACUUUUUGCUACAAGAUCACCACAUCGUCCAUGCCCCAUUGGGCUAACAGUGGCCAAGAUUGAGGAAGUACAAGGACGUAUGGUUCUAGUUUCUGGCGUGGAUCUGGUUGAUGGAACUCCUGUCCUGGAUAUCAAACCUUAUCUACCAUACAGUGACAGCAUCAAUGGAGCAACAGUUCCCACCUGGGUAAAGGAGGACAAUCCGUUAGCUGUUGUUUCGGUUAACUUCUCUGAGGGCUUCUCCGCUGAUCUAGCUGACUGUUGGACGAAACUGGAAAAGAAGUCCCUCUAUGCAUCCCCCAAUGAAUUUCAGAGCUUGAUCAAGCAAGUGCUUUCAUGGGAUAUACGAUCUCUAUCUCAACGAAGUCGGCCUCAUAAUCGUUUAGUACAGAUAGAAAAUGGUGAUAGAGUUGAUGAUGAUACUGAAGAUUUGGUUGACUACUUAGAUGAAUCAGCUUCCAGAGGUGAAGGGAUUUCUCUUUCAUCUGGUGACGUAAUUUAUCACCUAAUACUGGAAGGCCUGAAUGUGUCCUACAGAAUCAAUUUUGAUGGCAAUGUUCUUGUUGAGCAAGUCAUACUCUCUACUCAUAUCCCAGACAGUAGUACAAACACUGCAAGUAUAUGACAGGAGAACUAAACAGAAACCACUAUUGCUAAGGCAGGGUUAGCAUCAUCUGAUUACCUUCAAACUGUCUUCAACGAUCCUAGGCCAGAGCCCAGUUCUCGAAGUGGAGGACUCUGUGGUCGGCUCCCCCUCGCAGUGUGGCUAAAUUCUUUUGUGCUGGAGCUUUUUCUACCUCACGCAGCUAUGCUGCCUUUGUCGUCAUCUCUAGAGUUAGUGGUGGUUCAGGUCCUCUUCUAGAUUACGGCAGAGUUAGGGCACCCUCUGCCAUUAUGGUGGAAGCUUGGGCUGUAUGGAUCGCAUGUGGCAUGGCUAUGGAUCAGAUUGGAAGAGGUAAUCUUUGAAUCUGAUAACCUCCAACUUAUUAACAGGGUUUGUAAUGGGGCUUCCUCUUGCCCCUGGGAGAUCAGAUCAUUAGUGGAGUAUGUGCUUCUAUGGGCUUCUUCGCGGCCAUGGUCAUGCAAAGGUGUGGACGAAAGAAUAGCGGAGCGGUGCAGUGUUGUACACUUGCGUUAUUUUUUGUAGAUUGCGUACGCUUUACUUGAAGAUUCUUCAAAUGCAAGAAUCUGGAAGAGAUGUUGCAGUCUAGUUUUGGUUUUGGCAUCAAGUACUGCCACUCUACAUGAAGAUUUAGUUGCUGAAUUUCGAACUUGCAAAUUUCUUGGUAAUUCUUAACUCUGCCUGGGAUGAGAAGUGUUUUUUUUUUAAUAGUGGGAUUGAUAAAUGAGUGUGAAGUGUCAAUUUUUCGCCCGUCAAAAUCAUAUUUAUUUAUAGUAGUAUAUAUUGGUUUCCAAGUCCUGAAUGAGAAUGGACACACACAUUAUUAGUUGGAAGACCCGAAAGAUCUAAACAAACGAGAGUAUAAUCAUGUGCUUGGUUAGGGUUACUUGAACCAUUGUCCAAUUAGAAAAAUUUAUACAACAAAUUAAAAUGCAG